AUGGAUGAAAAAUUAACUAUUUCAUUAUUGACAAGUUCAAGUGAUAAAUUACCGAAAUUUAGUGGAAAAAAUUCUGAAAAUAUGAUUAAAUGGCUUACAAAAAUUACGAAUGAAUUAAAUGUAUUCAAACUGUAUGAUGCUCAAAAAUUACGUAUGGUUCCAUUAGUAUUAUUGGAUGAUGCCCGUCAUGUUCAUCGAAGUUUAGCUAUCAAGCAAAUUGGUAAUCGUGUUCAAGGAUUGGAAGAAACAGUUUUGCAUUAUUAUCUUGAAAUGAUGGAAAUAUGUGAUAUGAUUGAUCACGAAAUGAAAGAGGAACUCAAAGUUGGUUACUUAUUAGCUGGUAUCAAAUUGUCAUUACAGAAAGAAGUUAUGAGAAGAAAUCCAAAAAAUCCAACUGAAUUCUUAACUGUCGCACAAGCUGAAGAAAAAUUAGACUUAUUGAUUAAUGUUCAAACAAAUUAUGAUUCAACACUCAUCACGGAUUCACUAUCAGCGAUUAAACCACAAACUAAAUCUUCAUUAGCAUACAAAUCAGCAAAUACACAAAAACCGAUACGAUGCUUUAAUUGUAAUAAAAUUGGUCAUAUUGCAAGAAAUUGUUUUUUCAAAAAACUACUAGCGGGAGCGAAUGAUGGUACCGCUCUCGUUAAUGUACAUCAUCCAUCUUUAAUGAUCAUAUCAACAUGGAUCAAUAAUAUGAAAAAUUAUGUCAGGCGAGAUUUCUUCGAUUGUAGACCAGUUGAAGAUCUUGUUGUAUGUUCCUGGAAUGUUGUUGGUUUACGUUUUUUUGGAUGCUGUGAUGCGUUAGUUGCAGGUACAAUAUUAAAAGAACUGCUCUCAAUUGUCUCAAAAAUAUUUUCGUUAACAGCAGGUUUUGAAGAUUGUUUCUUCGAUGACAUAGAUUUUUUUUUUGACGUGGUUGAUAUUACAAUCGGAUUUUCUUCUACAAC